AUGGCUACGCGUAAGUGUAAGGGGCUUCUAGUCCAUGAUGUAACUUUUUUGCCAUUGAUAAAUAGAGAUGCAGCUUCGGACUCCUUGCAUGGUAUUACAGGUGAUAGAGACAGUUCAACUCUACGUAUAGUUAAUAUGGGAAGAUGUCAGAAGGAAAGUCACAAUAACGAGAAGCGGUCUAGCUUGCAUAGCAACAGUGGGCUUGAACUAGAUAUUAGAAAUAGUAAAAAAGUAAUGGGUAUUGAUUACAAAGCAUGUGAGCUACAGGAUUCUGCAUCAUCCAAUAUUAACUUCACUGUGCAUGAAAUACCGGACAAUCUUAAAGGAUACACAAGAGGGUAG